CAAGGCCACGUUACGCUUUUUGUUUCAAACUGCCAACACAGCGAUUAUGGAACAACAGCAAAAGAUCCCCGUCGAUCUCAAAAAUGUUGUCAGCUUCCUCAGAGAGAAGUCUGGGAUGAAGAUACGUAAUGGUGCACUCUCCGGAAAGCGCGCAGAGUACUUUAAGGGAAGAUCAGCUAUAAAGGCGCUCCUCUCACCUGGCUAUGCAAAGUUGAAGAAUGUACCACCAAUCACGACUGAGGCAGAUGCAAACAAGGUCCUCCAUAGCAUUAUACCAUUCGCAUACUUCCUUCGUGUUGACAGAGGCAAUCCAAUUGGCGGAAAGGAUUCGCCUAGGGAGCUCAAAAUCAACAACCAGCAGUUGUUCAACCCAGACGACUACUACGUUUGGUUGUAUGCUGGAUCACAAUUGAGGGCGAUGUUAGGCUCAGCUGCUUUGGUUGCUGUGAUCUUCAUCGGUGUUAUGUUCCCUCUCUGGCCUACCAGUUUGAGAAUUGGUGUUUGGUAUCUCUCGGUUGCUGUACUCGGCUUAAUUGGAGUCUUUUUCAUUAUCGCUAUCAUCAGGCUAAUCAUUUAUAUCAUCACUAUGUUCACGGCCAGUCCAGGUGUCUGGAUUUUCCCUAAUCUUUUUGAGGAUGUUGGAUUCAUUGACUCAUUUAUACCAUUAUACGAGUGGGAUUACCCAAAGAAGAAGAAAACUGGUAAGAAAAAGGCCAAGAAGGAGUCAAAACAAUCUACUUCUCAAGAAAAUUUGCAACCACAGGAGAAUGUUGCCUCAAAUAACACGUCAGCUGCACCAAGUGAUAGUGAUGCUCGUGCUGAUAGUCCCAAAGAGGAGUAAUUAAUUGUGUUGUUUAAUACUUUUAUCUUAAUACAUUCGCAUUACAGUAUGU